CAACGGUGGUCCCACUUUUGGCCACCUGCCCCGCGACACCUGGUAAACGAUACGGCCUCCCUGCGCAUGCGUAAUAGCCUGCCAAAAAUCCCAACGCUGUUUCGCCUGUCAACCAAUAGUGUUCCAAUCUGUCCAGAGAUAAAGUCAGAGCAGCGUGGAGAGGAGUGGAGUCAAGUGGAGCGGAAGAUUUCAGACCUGAGCAGCACCGACUUGAAGGAGAUUAAAAACAUGCCGAGGUCGUUCCUGGUGAAGAGUAAACGGGCCCACAGCUACCACCAGCCCCGGUACCUGGACGAUGACUACAGCAGACUGGACACUAUUCUAUCUCACGUGUGCGCAGAGACCAAAUCUCACGCGGAGUUUGAGAACAACUUGGAGGCGAAGGAGGAUAUGAGCGCCGGCGCUGACAGGCUGUCCCCCGGGUCCAGGCUGCUGUCCCCGGGGUCUCUGUCCUCCAGCUCCCCGCUGAGCUGCGGAGGCAGCGUGUGUGACCGGUCCUCAGACUGUGAUUUCUGGCGUCCCCCGUCUCCCUCCUCCUCACCAGAUUCAGAGAAAUGCUCCACUCCAGCGGCGGAGGACAACCACCACUUCAACAUCCCGCUCUUCCCUUACUCCUGGACGGCGUACUCCGGCUCCGAGCUGAGGCAUCUGGUCCAGGGGCCGUACCAUCGCCACCUCCAGGGCCACAGGGAGCCUCACUCCCCUGGCAGCAUCUACGGUGCAGAGGACGGCGGCGCUGAGCCGCAUUACGCACAGCGGGGCCCGGUAGCCGGAUGCUACCAGGACUUUUCUUCAACGGCCCACCAGAUCUGCAGGAUGCGGGAUGGAGACGAGCUGUAUGUGGAUUUAAAGCAGAAGCCGCGCGGUGCGGAAAUCAAGUCUGAAAAUGACUUCAUCUGCUCCAACAUCGAAUCAAACGGAUCCUAUAAGUGCAUUAAAUGCUGCAAGGUGUUUUCCACGCCUCACGGGUUGGAGGUUCAUGUGCGGCGAUCACACAGCGGGACGCGGCCGUUUGAGUGCGGGAUCUGCGGGAAAACCUUCGGGCAUGCAGUGAGCCUGGAUCAGCACAGAGCGGUUCACUCACAGGAGAGGAGCUUCAGCUGUAAAAUCUGCGGCAAAAGCUUCAAGCGCUCCUCCACGCUGUCCACGCAUCUACUCAUCCACUCGGACACGCGGCCUUAUCCGUGCCAGUACUGCGGGAAGAGAUUCCACCAAAAGUCAGACAUGAAAAAACACACAUUCAUCCACACAGGUGAGAAGCCGCACAAGUGCCAGGUGUGCGGGAAGGCCUUCAGUCAGAGCUCCAACCUCAUCACGCACAGCAGGAAACACACGGGCUUCAAACCUUUCGGCUGCGACCUGUGCGGGAAAGGUUUCCAGAGGAAAGUGGACCUGAGGAGGCACAAGGAGACGCAGCACGGACUCAAAUGAGCAGACUUCGAUGCUUUGGCAUGAAAUCCUGCACUUUGAAUGUACUCUGACUAUUUGUAUGGUCGUGUUUUAUUUUAUUUUUUGUUUGUUGCAUUGCCCUGUCAUUGUUCAAUGUAGUUAAUUAUUUAGCCUGAGAUAUUCUGGUUGAUUUUACGGAAAUAAAAGUUUAUUUAUCGGG